AACAACAGAGGGCGACAAAUGCUCAUCAUUCUUUCUUUUCGUGUCUCGUAAUCGCAAACAUGGCAGAAGUUGAGGUAAAGAAGAAGCGUACCUUCAGGAAGUACACCUUCCGAGGUGUUGACCUUGAUCAACUCUUGGACAUGUCCAAUGAGGUCCUGAGCGAGCUGCUCCAUAGCCGUGCCAGGAGACGAUUCAAGCGUGGACUCAAGCGCAAGCCCCUGGCCCUCCUCAAGAAGCUCCGCAAGGCCAAGAAGGAGUGCCCAGCCCUGGAGAAGCCCGAGGUUGUCAAGACCCAUUUGAGGAAUGUCAUCAUCGUCCCCGAGAUGGUUGGAUGCAUGGUCGGUGUCUACAACGGCAAGGUCUUCAACCAAGUGGAGAUCAAGCCUGAUAUGAUUGGUCACUACCUGGGAGAGUUCAGCAUCACCUACAAGCCUGUGAAGCACGGUAGGCCCGGUAUCGGAGCCACCCACUCCUCCAGAUUCAUCCCACUCAAGUAAACCAUCAACCAUCAUCAUCAACUCCUUCUAAAGCCCUCUACAAAUCAUCUGAAACCCAUCCAAAAUGUCAUAUGCGAGACAUCAACAACAGAAAGACUCUCCUAGAAAGUUCUUGUUUGAGAACAAACUCUAAUGGCAUCCAGGGGCUAAUUUGGUAGACCAUAUUUCACACAUCCAUCAGCGACUUUUUGUCUGCCACGUUUCAGUUUAUCAUGUUCAACCACGUCAAUAAAUCAAUCUGCAGAUAUGUGUAGAUACCACAAAAUCUAAA